AUGAAGUUCUUUAUCUGCACCUUAGCUGUUUUGGUAGCCACCUGCUCGGCUGGCUUCAUUGGAGGCGGUGACAUUGGUGGAUAUGGUGGUGGCCAUGAUCACGUUGAUGUCAAAACUGUCAAAGUGAUUCCAGUUAGUGGACACGAUCAUGGCUAUGGCCACGGACAUGGUCAUGGAGAUGUUCAUGUAAAAACUGUAAAGGUCAUUCAUGCCGAACCCCAACCACAACCUGAAGUAAAAAUUGUCAAGGUUAUCCAAGGACAUGAUCACGGACAUGGUCAUGGUUAUGCUCAUGGCCAUGGUCAUGGUGGUUAUCAUGUUCAUAACAUUAAAGUUAUCCACGCUGAUCAUCAUGAUCAUGGUUAUGGUCAUGGAGGUUAUGGCCAUGGACAUGGUCAUGGCGGUGCUGAAGUUAAAAUCGUGAAAGUUAUCAACACCGGUGCUGGUGGUCAUGGCGGCUGGAAUAAUGGUUGGAAUGGUUGGCAAUAA